AGUGCCAAGAUGGAGGUACCGUGGCCUCAAAACAAAAAUUGUCUAGUGUAUGUAUAAAUGAUUGUUCACCGUCAUCGUUCUAAAGACGGAUUAAGCUCCAGUGUAGGUUGUGUUCUAUGUUGUUUAACAGGACAUCACACACCACACCCUGACUUUAGUCGUUUAGCUAGCUGCAAAACCUUUUCACGCCAAAUCUGACGUUUUUAUACACGGAUUUCUUCAGAAAACAAUACUGAAUAUUGACUUUGCCAUGGCCUGUAGUCCACCCCCUAAUUUCUCCUGGGUCGAACCUAAAAAGUUGGCAGGACUGGCUCUUCCUCGAAUGACUGCCCACUACCAAUACCUUCUGGACAAUGGCAUUCAACACCUGGUCUGCUUGUGUGAGAAAAAACCUCCCAACUAUGAUACCGUCCCAGGAGUGAAACUACACCACAUCAAGAUAAUUGACUUCACCCCACCAACUCCAGAACAAAUUCAGAGGUUUCUGUCUAUUGUGGAGGAAUCAAAUGCUAAAGGCGAGGGUGUAGCUGUUCACUGUAUGCAUGGCCAUGGGAGGACAGGGACCAUGUUGGCCUGCUAUCUGGUGAAGACCAGGAAGAUCUCAGGCAUCGACGCCAUCAGUGAGAUCAGAAGACUACGUCACGGCUCUAUUGAGACACACGACCAGGAGAAAGCAGUGGUGCAGUUUUACCAGCGCAUUAAAUAACUGUUUUUGUUUAAAUAUUUGACGUUUAAAUAAUUUUAAAGGGGAAAUCAACUUGUAUACCUGUACUGUACACAUCUAUAACUUGACCAAUUGAAGUGGACAAAUUUAAAAAGGGGGACACAUUUUUAUAUAUUGUGGCUGCAUUUCUUCUUUAAAGCUGCUACUCAGGUUUGGAACUACAUGGAUUCUUUUAGGAGUGCCUGUUUUUAACUCUAGGACGGUGUCCUGAAUUGUAUGGGAAGUAUACGGUACAUCUAUAAUGUGUACCAUGACCACUGUGCCUCUGCAUUGCUCACUCUUUGGGGUUUUAGGCUGGGUAUCUAUAAUGCACUUUGUGACAACUGCUAAUGUAAAAUGGGCUUUAUAAAAACACAUUUGAUUGCUGUUGUAAAUUUGCCAAAAAUAACCAUUAAUUUAUUACAAAAAAAUCCAUUAAUGACGUACCUAAGUUUUGAUUUGAGUUCAAUUAAACAACAUACUCAUGCAAUAAGCA